AUGGCCGAUACCCCAAUGGAGGAGAAGAAGGUGCACGACAUAGACCUCGAUCUCGAUCUCGAUCAACAACACGACGCACCCCAACCCGGGCCCUCCCACGACCGCCGCACCAGCAUCGCAGAUACCUCCCACUAUGCCCGUCCACGGCCCUUCCACAUUCCACGCCAUGUCUCCCACAGCUACCCGGCCUUCAAGCACAAGCAGGAGUGUGCCCUCAAGAUUGCCAUGCAGGACUUGGAGCACGAGAUGAAGAAGAGCACGGGCGUGGUGUAUCUCGCCCUGGACAGUCAGACGCUGACCUUGCACAAAAGCCAGAGCAAGCUCUCCCAGCAAGAGCUCGCCGAUCUGCAGAAAGCCACACAUUUCGACAAGAAGGAGCUGCAACAAUGGUAUAAAGGUAUGGACCGCUGUGCAAGCACGUGUUGGGAAUGGUAUUUGACUGGGCGACAGGCUUCCUCAAGGACUGCCCCUCGGGCAUGCUCACCAAAUCCGAAUUCCAAAAAAUCUACAAACAGUUCUUCCCCUUCGGCGAUCCUUCCUCCUUUGCAGAUUACGUCUUCAACGUCUUCGAUGCCGACAAGAGUGGGAGUAUCGACUUUAAGGAGUUCAUCUGCGCUCUGUCUGUCACUAGCAGAGGGAAGAUGGAGGACAAGCUUGAUUGGGCCUUUCAACUGUACGACAUUGACGGAGACGGCAAGAUAAGCUACGACGAAAUGUUGGCCAUCGUUGAAGCAAUCUAUAAAAUGGUCGGUAGCAUGGUAAAACUGCCGGAAGACGAAGAUACACCCGAGAAGCGCGUAAAGAAGAUUUUCAGGAUGAUGGACAAGGACGAGAACGGCAGUCUGGAUAUGGCAGAGUUCAAGGUAAGGGAACAUACAUUGUGCCCUGUAGAUUGGCCUGAGCAAUGCUGACCGUAUCACAGGAGGGCAGUAAGCGCGACGAAACCAUUGUGUCGGCGCUAUCACUCUACGACGGACUGGUAUGA